AUGGGCGUAUUUCUGAUCAGCUUCAAUAAAGUAAUGGUAUUACUUAUGUCAGUUAGUGUUGUAUUGGGUUUACCUGGUUUUACUGUUAUGUGGCACGUCUUAUUGCCUCUUUCAGAGCAUAUUUGUAUAAUGAUUCGUAUACAAGCAGCGCCGCCAUCUUCAGAUGGAGGAUCUCUUUCAUGGAUUUAUCAUAAUCCAUUUUACUGGAGUAUGUGUAAGGGUCUGGUAGUUUUCGCUGGUGGUGUUUUCCUCGUGCGCGUUAUUAGCGACGAAUGGGAUUCUCUGUGA